AUGGUAGACGAUGGACUGCAGCACGUUGACGACACUAUCCGUCUUCCAAAUCAAGGUCACUCUGAGAUUUCAGCUUACCACCCUCUGGCUUCUCCUGCAGGGGAAUGUCAUCCAUCACCUGCGCGAGGCAGCGGAGACCCCUAUGGUUCGUUCGCGGCCCCCACGCUGCAGCUCAUCAACCCGCCGACUCUCGUCACAAGCGAUGAGGAGCUUGUGGGUAGUUCACCAGAACUACCUUGCAUGAGGCCAGUAUCUGACGCGGUCAUCCUGGUCGAGGCCAACAGGUCGUACCGGGGGGUUCCAGUGAACACUGAGCAGCAACACACGGCAUAUCCGAUCGUACCUUCCUGCGAGUACUUCGGGCCUCGCCAGUGGUUUAUCAAUGGCGCUAUUGGCGGCGAGCAGAACUCGGCACCUUACAUCUUUGAGUCAGGGCCCCAGCGGCCGCUCACCGUCCAAAAUGUAGUUCCAGACACAGCUUUGUCUGUUACAUAUGCAAUGAAUGGUAAUAUUUUCGGCCUAAGGGAAUUGUUCUCUCAAGGGUUCGCGCAACCCAGCGACAAGAGCGCAACCCGAGGGUUUAGCUUGGUGAGGUGGGCGCUCUAUGGUGGACUGAACCAGUAUGCAACAGUGCAGUACCUGUUGCAAGAAGGGGCACCAGUCGACGAAGAAUCGUACGACCACGUGAAUGACUUUAUAUUCCGCAAAAGGUGCAAACCGGAAGAGACAGUAGCUCUGAAACCCAUCUGGGGUGAACGGACUCGAGACUGGUUUGAUUACCAAAACUUUCCAUGGAUCCACACGAUCUUGCUUGCAGAAGGUCCAGGUUUCGGAAAGUCAUUGGCCGACGAGCUCAAGAGCAACCCGAAUGCCGUCUUCGAGAAGGACGCUAAGGGGCGUACGGCUUUAGACUGGGCCACAGCCAGGGCGCAGCUGGAGGUUAUGGAACUCCUCAUUAGAGGUGAAUCAAACGUAAACUCGAUGGAUGAAAGCGGUCGCACCACAGUCUUGCACGCAGUUGACAGCCACAACCACGCAACUCUUGAAAUGGUCUUGAAAGCUGGCGCGAAUCCCAACCCUGAAAUUCCGGAGGGCUGGCAUCGCAGUAGCCCGCUCACGUCGGCCAGCUUUGGCGGUUUGACAGAGAUGGUCGAUUUACUCCUAGAACAUGGCGCCACAAUCAACACACGCAAUCCGGAAGGUCGGGCGGCACUGCAUACGGCGAUCAUCCGCAACAAGCACGAGAUUCUACGUAUUUUCAUAGCGAAAUGCGAUGGUGAUUGCUUGAGGGAGCUCGAGCUGCUGCCUGAAAUCAUUCAACAAGCUGACGAUCAAACCAAGGCGAUCCUCAAGUCGUCCGGCCAGUUUCCGGAAAUUUUUGAUCUUGAUCACGAUGGUAGUUGGGAAAGAGUGUAA